AUGUUUUCGGACAUUGAGCACAAAGCCUUCUUCAGUGACGCAUCUGUGAGGGACUUCUGUUUCACUGCAAACCAUCCCCAGCAGCCGGGGGAAGCCAGUGGAGAGAAGCUCUGGAAAGAAACUGUGGACAGGGCCUCGUUUGUGACCAGGUGCAGCUUCCAAUCUUCGGUGCCUUCAACCAAUACAAAGGUUGGGAAAGUCUCCACAGGCAUCGCAGGGCUCCUCCAGCAGCAGGCCCCUCUCAACACUGGGGAGCCACACAGUGAAAGUGAAAUUUCACAGGAGUUUGUUGGUGGAAAAAGUCAUCACAAUUGGUGUGGACAUGAAAAAACUGACAGCAACAGCGGGAAAGUCAUUCAACAUCAGUGUAUCUGCUCUGAAGAAGUCAAUAAUGAGAGUAACAAAAGUGGGAAAGUUUCUACACGUACAUUAAACCUCAAUCAACGUACAAGUGUUCGCACUGGAGAAAAGCCCUGUGAGUGCACUGAUUGUGGGAAGUUCUUCAGGCGAUGCUCCAACCUAAAUCAACACAAGAGAGUUCACAGUGGUGAAAAGCCCUAUGUGUGUGGUAAUUGUGGGAAGUCAUUCAGGCAUAAGUGUGGCCUCAGCGUUCAUCAAAGAACUCACACUGGUGAAAAGCCCUAUGUGUGUGGUGAUUGUGGGAAGUCAUUCAGUGAAAAGUGUAGGCUCAACAUUCCCCAGAGAGUGCACACUGGUGAAAAGCCCUAUGUGUGUGGUGAUUGAGGGAAGUCAUUCAG